GAAAUCAACAUUCGAAAUGGAAAAUUAUAUUCAAAAAUGAAGCAGAUAAUGAGGUUUUAAAAGCAAUUGUGUCGUUAAAAUUGACAAAAGUAUAUUAAUAGAUUUAUUCAUGGUGCAGCAAAAGAAAACUGAAAAGUUUCCAUUAAGAUGCCCUACUCGUAGUUUAACAGUUUACAAGGAUAUCUAGAAUCUGAAUAUAAAUAGAUAAAAGUUAUAUUCUAUUAGUGACAACACGUUUCAAAAACUAGUUUUUAGAAAGCCUAUCAAUAUGGGGCUUUAUUAUAAACAAUUAAAAGCAAUGCUUAAACGGAAUAUACUACUAAAGAAAAGACAAAAAUGGACAACCAUAUCUGAAAUAGCGUCGCCCAUAUGGUAUCUAACUAUUCUCGUUGGAUUUAGGCUAUUUCUGCCAGAUCCAAAUCUGAAGGCAAUAACUACUCCAAAAGGAGAGGAAAAUCUGUUUAGAUUUUUUAAUGGAUCCGAAACAUCUCAUAAAAUAGCGUUUGCACCAAAUACAUCAGGUGUUGUAAAUUUUAUCCGUGAAAUUCAGGAAACUUGGAAGUUUGUUAAUUCGAAAUCCAAAUUAGAUUGGAUCGAGUUUAAAUCAGAAGAGGAUCUCCAGGCUGCUUAUGAACGAGAUAAUAAUUUGGUACCAUUGGCAGUUAUUUUUGAAAAUCCUUCCGAUCCUAAUCAAGGGCAAUUAUUAAAAUACGAGAUUCGUACAAAUCCCAAGUAUGUUGAUACUCCUUCAUCCGAUAUCCUGUCACUAAAGAGCUGUAGAGGUGAACCAAAAGAAAAUUCAAAACUGGAAGACGGAAGUACUUGCGAAAGUAAUACAUACUACUUCUCUGGAUUUUUGGCUCUUCAAACUUUAAUAGAUUAUACCAAAUUACGCCUUGAGAAGGUAACAAGUAAUAUACCAGAUAUAGCUUUGGAGAUAUUUCCAAAAGCGGCGGAAAUAGGUAAUUGGGGAGUAGCGUUACGUUUUUUACUUCCAAUGUGUAUGAUAGUUGCUCUUUCGCAAUUCAUUUCUCACCUCAUGGUGUUAAUAGUUGGAGAAAAAGAGAAGAAGAUAAAGGAAGGAAUGAAGCUUAUGGGACUUAUGGACUCAGUCUUCUGGUCAUCGUGGUUUAUUAUCUACGCAAUUUUUGUAGUGUUUAUAUCUACAAUAAGCACUAUAUUGCUAUACUUUUUGGAAGUAUUUCUUUACUCAAGCUACAUACUGAUCUUCAUUUUAAUUGUUCUUUAUGGUUUUUCGGUUAUCACGUUCGCAUUUAUGAUAACACCAUUUUUCGAUAAAGCAUCGAUUGCUGGAUCAUUCAGUGCUUUCAUGCUCGUAGCAAUAGGUCUACUUUAUUGUGUUCAGAUAUUUGUCUCUUUUAAGAAUCAUCCCGAAUAUUUAUGGGCACUUUCCCUAAUAAGUCCGGCUGGAUUUGGUAUAGCUAUUGAUAAAGUCAUCAUGUUAGAUAUUAAAGGAGAGGGAGUAACCAUGAGCAACUUAUGGGAUGAUUAUGAUGUCGGGCUGGCUUUUGGGAUCAGUCUGAUAAUCUUAUUAGUCGAUAUAGUAUUGUAUGGGGUAUUGGGUUAUUACCUUGAGAACGUUAUUCCAAGUGAAUAUGGGGUGAAGAGGUCGCCAUUAUUUUGUUUAAUGCCAUCUUUUUGGAUAUCCAGAUCUGCAAAGAUGCCUUCAGAACCACCGCCGGAGACUGAAGACGUAGAACCUGUACCAAGAAACAUGCAAAAUAAAGAAGCAAUCAGAAUUGUUGACUUAAGUAAACGUUUUUGGAAAUUCCGAAAACCAAACGUAGUAGCCCUAGAUGGCAUCAAUUUGUCGAUAUAUGAAGGCCAAAUUACAGCAAUUUUGGGCCACAACGGAGCUGGAAAAACUACAUUGUUUAAUAUAUUGACAGGAUUGUCUUCACCUAGUAGUGGGAGAGCUUUUAUUUAUGGACGUGAUGUAAGGAACACAAAUGAUAUGAAUAAAAUCAGGAAAAUGACAGGCAUUUGUCCUCAGCAUGAUAUUCUAUUUGAUAAUCUAACUCCAAGAGAACAUCUAGAAUUCUUUGCUGAAAUAAAGGGAAUACCGAAUAUAAAAGCCGCUGUUAAUAGGACGAUAAGACAAAUAGAUUUAGUUGAUAAAAUUGACACCAAAAGUAAGGAUUUAAGUGGAGGACAGAAACGAAAAUUAUCAGUUGGUAUUGCUCUCAUUGGUGACCCAAAGAUUAUAAUACUUGAUGAACCAACGUCUGGUGUCGAUCCCUAUUCCAGGAGACAGUUGUGGAAUGUUUUUCAAGAAAUGAGAGGCAAUAAACUAAUAUUACUAACUACACAUUUUAUGGAUGAAGCUGAUAUUUUAGCUGAUCGAAAAGCAGUGAUCUCCAAAGGCAAAGUGAGAUGUGUCGGAAGUUCUUUGUUUUUAAAAAAUAAAUUUGGUGUCGGCUAUCACUUGACUUUGGUCCUUGAAAAUAAUGCCAGGGAAGAUUCUAUAACCAGGCUGGUUACACAAUACGUCAGAACAGCAAAAAAGGACAGAAGACAAGGAAGAGAAUUAAGAUAUAUAUUGCCAAAUAAUACAGUAGACAACUUUUCUUCAUUAUUUUCAGCCAUAGAAUAUGAGAUUAAUAACAGAUCUAAUUUAGGUAUUAUCAGCUAUGGUGUUUCAAUGACAACUUUGGAAGAAGUUUUUCUUCGUUUACAAAAGGAAGAACAAGAAGCCGAACCUGAGCCAGACUCAAGUGGUAGGACAGAAUCUAGACGUCUUGGUGCAAAACCGGAAAUUUCAAGAUCUAAGCAAUUACAAAGUAGCUCUGAUGCGCGCACUGCCGAAAACGAAGAUCUUAAUCAACGUAUCCGCAGAUUGGAGGAAGUUCGUUGUACUCCCAGUACCUUCCAAAAUAUAAGAACAUUAAUAGGUCUACGAAUAUUAAGGAUAUGGCGUGAGAAGAGGAAGUGGAUUGUGACAAUCAUUUCCUCACUUUUACUUACAGCUCUCGUACUGUAUCUUAACAAGCUAAGUGACAUGGCAAUGAUAACUAUUCCUAAAACUGAACCAAUACCUUUAAACAUCAGUAUGUACGAUUUUGAGCAUAUUAGUGUCUAUAAUGGUGACAACUCAGAUUAUUUUACUAAAUUUAAGGAUCAGAUAGGGAAAUUCAUAGAUUUAGAUACCUACAAUGGAAACUUUAGUUCGUUGUUAGACAGUGCUCCACAUUUAGCAGCCUUUAAUAUUAAAAGCUUCAGUCCUGCUUCCCAAAGUAUAGCUGUUCUAUAUAAUGAUACCUAUAUACAUAACCUGCCAGUUCUGGUUAAUCUUAUCAGUAAUGCUUUUUAUAGGACGGUCGCACCACAGGCAGAAAUUUCAGUAAGCGCACACUCUUUUGCAAUGGAUGCUAGGAGUGCUACCCCUGGUAUGGCCAACGCUAUGUUGGGAAUGGUUUUCGUACUCCCUCCAAUAAUUCUUGCGGCUGAUAUGGUGUAUGACAGAGAAAUAAAAGCAAGAAAUCAGCUUAGAGUCAACGGCCUUUCUUUUACUGCUUAUUUUAUAAGUUUCUUCGUGGUUCAAAUGGUACUGAUGGCAAUAAUAACAGCUUUUUUAAUACUUCUUAUUUUCUAUUUUAAACCACCAUCCUUAGCGUCAGGUUCAUCACUAAUAGUAUUAAUACUGUUACUUAUUGCCUAUUGUCCCACCUCUAUAUUGAGUUACAAUUGCAUCUCCUACAUUUUUGAUAAGGCUGACACUGCGAUGUCGUUUAUGCCACCUUUCGCACUGUUUGUUGGAGUUGUACCAUAUAUGGCUGUAAUGUUUGUAGGACAAAAAGCGGCAUCUAUUAUACAUUAUGUAUUUACCUGUGUUAAUAUUAUGUAUGCACCUUAUGGUAUAUUUCAUUAUGUACAAGUGGUUAGUUUGAAGUGCGAAAUUGACGCCGAUUGUGAAGAACCUUCAUUCUCAAAUUUCAUGAUACCGGAAAUUAUAGUAACAUUUAUUGCACUCCUUGUUCAAAUACCACUUUGGAUUCUGUUUCUGCUUAUGGCUGAUGUUGGUAAAAGUGGAGGAGAAGUAUUAAGCAUAUUUAGAUCAAAGAAACCUCCCCCAAAUACUGAAGAUCCUAUCGAAAUAGGACAACAUGAAGAUCAAGAUGUUAAAACCGAGAGACAGCGAGUCAAACAAUUAAUUAGAGACCCUCGACAUAACAAUACAGUAGUAACAGUUGAGAAUUUGCGCAAGGUUUACAAAAAAGGAGUCAAAGGUCAUACGUUAAGCAGAUUAAUAGGAUCAGCUAAUGAAAAUCUAAAUGUAGCGAUAAAGUCUAUCUCUUUGGCAAUAGAUUCCAGUGAAGUAUUCGGUCUGCUUGGUCACAAUGGAGCUGGAAAAACUACAGCAAUGAAAAUAAUUACAGCCGAAGAGUCACCAACGGGAGGAAGGGUACAGAUUGCUGGACAAAACAUAGUCUCCAGUGUUAACGCCGUAUAUCAGUUUUUGGGCUACUGUCCACAACAUGAUGCACAAUGGAAUAACCUAACAGUUAAAGAACAUUUAGAAUUAUAUUCUCAUAUAAGAGGUGUUCCCAAUGAUGUUGUUGAAGAUACAGUUAAUUUUUAUUUAACGGGUCUGCAAAUUGAAGAACAUAAAGACAAGCACACUAAAGACUGUUCUGGUGGUACCAAGAGAAAGCUGAGUUAUGCAAUGGCUAUGAUAGGCAAUCCAAAAAUAGUUCUUCUUGACGAACCCAGCACUGGAAUGGAUCCGCAAAGUAAAAGAUUUUUGUGGGAUACUAUUUUAACUAAUUUUAGGGGUUCAAGGGGAGCAAUUCUUACUACUCACUCUAUGGAAGAAGCUGACGCCUUAUGUUCUAGAAUUGGAAUUAUGGUUAAAGGAGAGCUAAGAUGCUUGGGAUCGACUCAACAUCUUAAAAAUUUGUACGGAGCAGGAUAUACUUUAGAAAUUAAAUUGACAAGUGAAGGAGCUGAUGAUACAGAAAAGUUUAGAGCUCUAAAGAAUUUUGUGUUCGCUCUAUUUCCCAAUGCAGUGUUAGAGGACACAUUCGGCGAUAGGCUCAUAUUCAGUGUGCCACAAGAUAGCGUUCGAUCUAUUUCUAGAUGUUUUAGGAGUUUAGAAAAUGCCAAGCAUUCAUUAAAUAUUGAAGAAUACAGCUUUAGUCAAACAACACUAGAACAAGUUUUUCUAAAAUUUGCACUAGAAGGUGAAGAAGAAGGGGAUUAAGAACUUUUUACUAUAUUCUUUAAACAGUUCUGUACGUAUGUCUACACUUUUCAAUGAACAUUUAAUUUGGUGAUAUUAUUUUGUAUGCUAUUAUAUACUUAACAAUGUUUCACAACUAUUUUUUUAUUUGUUUAUUUGUAUCUUAUUAAAUU